AUGUCGAAGCAAUUGCCGAGCACCCAAAGAGACGUAGAGGCUCUUUCGCUUGACUUAGAAUGCUCAAAGGGUAGUCAAUUCAAUCUGCGGAAAUUGGCACAGUUUGUCACUACUCUAGGCUUACUAGUCACGGGGUACCAGUACCUUUGGCACCCGCGGGCGCAUUCGACUGAUGUUCGUACUGAAACUUCCUUCCCCGAAGCAAUCAGCAAAGAACACCGGCUAGAAGAUUUUCAACAAUGUGCCAUUGAGAACCUUUUGCAAACCGGCUUGCCCUUCUUACAGAAAGCAUCUCCAAUCACAACCUCCGAAUUUCAGGAGCGGCGAGAUCGGCUAGCGCAAGCGCUGGUGGCCGAGGACGUCGAUGGUUUCGUGGUGGAGCCCGGAUACACCUUUAAGUAUUAUGGGAAUGUGAGCCAGCCAGAAUGGGAAGUCUGGGAGCCGGAAGAGCGCCCGUUCCUGAUGAUUGUUCGUCCAACCUUGGACCAGACUACAGGCCAAGUAAAGGCAAAUACGACUUUUCUCUGCCCAUCAUUUGAAGCUGAGCGAGCUCGUCUGUUAGGCAUGCCGUUCACGGAAGAUCUUCAAAUUGUCCCAUGGGAGGAGCAUUGGGAUCCGUACAAUACACUUCAGCAGUCUGAAGUAUUUCUUGGUGUUAGUCGUGUACCACGAUUGAUGGUUGACGAGGAAAUGCGAGACUUUAUCCAAAGGGGCCUGGGUUCAGCAGGCUUCGAUGUAACUGGCUUACGCGGUCGUGUUGAAGAGGUUCGCCAGAUUAAAUCUACCAGCGAGGUCGAGAUUCUGCGUGCAGUCAACACGGGGACCGUCGAAGCCGUGAGGCAGAUGAGGAGAUGUCUCUAUCCCGGGUUGACCGAGAAUGAAAUUGCCACUGUGCUUGAUAAUACGCUGCGCGCCGCUGGCAUGGAACCAUUCUUCGACAUUGUGCUCUUUGAUGAAAAUGCAUCAAACCCGCAUGGUGGAACAGACGGGGAAAAACUUCUCGAGGCAGAGACCUUCGUACUAAUCGACGUCGGGGCUCAUCUUUACGGGUAUUCCUCGGAUAUCUGUCGUACAUUCUUCCCUCCUUUCCUCGAGCAGCCGUCGAAGGAUGCACCUUUGUCACCAAACUUGAAUGAGAAGCUUAAGGUUUGGGAUGUUGUGUUCGAGGCCCAGACGCAAUCAAUCCACCAGAUGAGAGAAAAUUUGACAGCUGCCAGUGUCGAUGUUGCUGCUCGCCAGGUCAUUACUGAAGCUGGAUAUGGCGUAACAUUCACGCAUCGAGUCGGUCACGGAAUUGGAAUUAAAGCCCAUGAAAGUCCGUACCUUAACAAAGGCAAUCGUGGCACUCUUCUCAAAACAGGCAUGACAUUCACAUCGGAGCCCGGUAUCUACUUGGUUGAUAAGUUUGGUGUGCGACACGAGGACAUACUGCUUGUUCAGGGCAAUGAGGAGCCACAGCUUUUGACUGGCACCCGAGCUCAAGGGCCUUGGGAGCCUUGA